AUGGCGGGGCUCGGCCAAAAGGCCUCGCCACUUCUUUUCUUCUUCUUUCUCUUCCUGGGGGGCCCCCUCUCGGGGGCCCUCUCUGAGUUCAUUCGAAUUUCCGGAAAUGAACGCGAGUUUGCGUGUGGUUUCUGCGGAUCGGCGCAGUGGAUCCGGACGCGGACGGGCAUAGCUGCGCGGCGCGUGCUGCGGCACGGCGAGGCGCUGCGGGACUUGUCCGUGGCAGCAGCAAAGAAAGCCCUCGCAGCCAGCGGCCUCAAAGCCAACAACUUGGACAUUUUGCUUCACGCCUCUUCUUCUCCCGACGACCUCUUCGGCGACGGCCCCUGGCUGGCUGCGCAGCUGCAGCAGCCCGGAGACCCCCCGGCCCCCGCCUUCGACUUGACUGCCGCCUGCUCCGGCUUCGUCGUCGGCCUCAUCACAGCAAACAUGUACCUGUCGAGCCCGGGCAGCCCCUACCGCACGGCGCUGCUCGUGGGCUCCGACGCCCUCAGCCGCUGGCUGGACUGGAAGGACAGAAACACUUGCAUAUUAUUUGGAGACGGAGCAGGAGCAGCAGUGCUGUCUGCUGCUGCUGCUGCUCCUGCUGCUGCUGCUGCUGCUGCUGCUGCUGCUGAGCAGCAGCAGCAAGACCCGCAGAAGCCCCUCGGACUCCUCAGUUAUGUGCUGCACAGCGACGGCUUCGAACAAAAGCAAAUUCAACUCCACUUCAGAGGCGCGGAGGCGCCGCUCUCGCUGCGGCGCCCAGGUGGGGGCUGCGUGAGCGUGAGCAGCGGGGCGUUUGCGCCGCUGUCGAUGAACGGGCGAGAAGUCUUCAAGUUUGUGUCUCGAAAAGUGCCGCAGUCUUUGGAAGCAGCUUUUGCUGCUGCUGGCGUUGCUGCAGCAGAAGUCGACUGGCUGCUGCUGCACCAGGCCAACAAACGCAUUCUCGACGCUGUCGCCGACAGACUCAACAUCCCCAAACACAAGAGUCGCUGCUGCUGCUGUCGCUGCUGCAGUCGCUGCUGCUGCUGUUGCUGCUGCAGUCGCUGCUGCAGUGUCCAAGAAGGAAAAGUCAAAAAAGGAGAUGUCAUUGCCAUAGCGGGCUUCGGCGCGGGGCUCACGUGGGCAGCAGCAGUGCUGCGGUACGGCUAG